UAAAGCGAGCGGACACUUUGACAAGGAAGAACACUUUCCAUCUAACUGUCUCUCCACAAAGAACACUGUCUUGGCAACGUUCUAAACAGAUUUGGCAUCCCUUUUUUUCUUGAGGAGCAGACGCCUUUACCGCAAGGAAAGGGAGAGUAAAACAGGACUGUAGAGAAAAACUGUUUAAACUUUUUUAAAAAAUCAAUAAUUAAAACAAGUCCACCAAAAGUCUGGUGCAACGUAUCACUGGACCUUCUUGAUACACAACGAAGUUAAGUCGCACUCUUCCUAGCGCCAUGGGUUCAGUUCUGCCAGCAGAAGCCUUAGUGCUGAAAUCGGGAUUCAAACCACAGGGACUGUCCCUCUCCGAAAUCAUCACCUCAGACAUCCUCCACAGUUUUCUUUACGGGAGAUGGAGAAAUGUCCUAGGGGAGCAUCUUUUUGAGGAAAAGAGUAACAACGCUAACCCGAAAACCGCAUUCACCGCUGAAGUCCUAGCGCAAUCGUUUUCUGGGGAAGUGCAGAAGCUGUCCAGCCUUGUCUUGCCCAGUGAGGUCAUCAUUGCCCAAAGUUCCAUUCCAGGAGAAGGACUUGGAAUCUUUUCCAAAACCUGGAUCAAAGCUGGUACAGAAAUGGGGCCUUUUACUGGCCGAGUCAUCUCUCCAGAACAUGUUGACCUGUUCAAGAACAACAACUUGAUGUGGGAGGUUUUCAAUGAGGACGGCACAGUGCGCUACUUCAUUGAUGCCAGUCAGGAGGACCACCGCAGUUGGAUGACCUACAUCAAAUGCGCCCGGAAUGAGCAAGAGCAGAAUCUGGAAGUUGUUCAGAUUGGAAACAGCAUCUUCUACAAGGCAGUUGAGACAAUCCCUCCUGACCAGGAGCUGCUGGUUUGGUAUGGAAACUCCCACAACACAUUCCUAGGAAUCCCUGGGGUGCCAGGAAUGGGCGACGACCACCAGAAAAAACAGAAGGCCGGUAAGGACCCCUCUCUGCCUGGAUUCGGAUGUCUGUCUUCAGGCGGUGGAAGCAUGGCAGGGGAGGCUGAUCGCUAUCAGAGAACAAUGGAUGUGAUAAAAGCAGAAGACUUCCACUUAUGUGAUGGUGCCUCCUCUGCAGGUGCCAGUCGCAUGCGAUGUGUCAUCUGUCACCGUGGAUUCAACUCCCGCAGCAACCUGCGCUCCCACAUGCGCAUCCACACUCUGGACAAGCCUUUUGUCUGCCGCUUCUGCAACCGACGGUUCAGCCAGUCGUCCACCCUUCGGAACCACGUGAGGCUACAUACAGGGGAACGGCCCUAUAAAUGCCAUGUCUGCCAGAGCGCCUAUUCCCAACUGGCAGGCUUACGGGCACACCAGAAGAGUGCCCGGCACCGGCCGUCCCAAGGAAGCCCCGUGGUCACACUACAGGCCCAUUCACCUCCUCCACAGAUGCCCGUGGCACAUGCUACCUCCUUGGCUCACCAUAUUCCCACCAUUGUCCUGUGAUGGAGGUUGCUGGGACAGAACCAGGGAGCAGAGUGCCUACUCAUUCUCACACCUGGACCCAGACAAUGCUUCCCAGUUCACAGCCCCAUCAGGUGUGAGUAUACUUGCUGGCCCAUGUGACUCUGGGUGUAUUUUUUUGUUUAUAUUUUUGCUUAGCUCCUCAGAGAGGAUGGCACUCUGAUAAUGAUGAACACCAACAAAAUGCACUGCAAGGUGGUUUGAGUUCAGUCUUUUGAAUCUGUUUCUUAACCAUCAGUAAGCGCUACAAGGACACUUGGGGACUUCUCAGUAGGCUAGGCCACUUAACCUAAU